AUGAAGAACCAGUACGCUGCUGGUGUCACCCCUGGUCUGGCAUUUGCGGUCUACUAUUGUGGUAGAGACGAUAUUGCCUUCGAACUCAGAUGGUGCAAGAGCAUUGUCACUUUGAAUGGGCCUGAGCAGUCUCUUUCUUUAUGUGGGACUCGCAUGUCGUCGAUCCAGGAUAUCAAGACACCACCUUCAGGUGACGCAACGGUAGCCUGUCUCCUCGAGGUCAAGGGCGAUCUUUAUGCUCUUGGUCCUGCACAUCAACUCACCCGAAAAGACGCUGCCAAGUCUCAGGAGCAGUUGCUCGCUGAGUUGCUACAGAUGGACGAAGACAAAGACGAGGACAUCGCUUGGGAGGAAGCUGAAGACAACGACAGCGACUACGACGAAAGCGACGGUGAUCACGCCUCAGCCAAUGACAUCAUAUCCGAUAAGGAUAUGCUUGACAGUAAUAUAGCACCACCCGAUAGUCUUUCUCCUUCGCCACGAGAAGGCACUCAUCAUCCAAGGGAUGAAGGUGUCACAGUUUUGUUUCCGGGCCCAGAUGACCUACAGGACGACAACGCGGAUGGCGAUUGGGCGGUUGCACUCAUUCAGAAGCCUGAACAACAGCUACCGAACUUGUACUCUGCGGAGCAGCAAGUCUCUGGGCAGGAUUCCCCGAAGCAGGAAGCUCCUAAGCUCCGACACAUAGUCGAGUUUGCGAGUGAGCCAUCCAAAGACGAUACCGAGCCCAUAGUAGAGAGGUCCGUUCAUAUACUCACCUCUUCCUCGACAAAGCAGGGCAGGCUCCUCCCAGGGUUCGCCAACAUUUCCGGUCUAAGCGGACGCGGGCACUGCAACGUACAUAUUGUGGCGAUCGACGAAUCCGAUGAUAUCGUAGCCGGCGACUCAGGGUCUCUUGUCGUUGAUGCGCAAAAUUCCCUGGCAUAUGGUCAUGUCGUGGCCACAAACUCGCAAGGCUAUGCCUACAUUGUGCCUCUGUACACAACAAUCCGUCAGAUGAAGGCAUUCUUCGGGACCGCCAACGUCCGUUUGCCAGAACCCCUACAUUUGUUAUCCCGAGUAGCACUUCACUACGUUACCACUAAGCAGUUCUGCCAAGCUGAAGAAGCUAUCAUCGCGUUGACCGAUCUUGUGCAAGAUUUUUGCAACUCUCGCCAAUGGGAGCGACUAGCCCAUUGGAUCAGGACUUCCACGGCACGAACUAACCUGCUUGACAUUUGGGAUGACAAGCUGGCACAACUCUUUCGAACCAACAUCGUGCCCUUCAACGAGCGGCUUGAGUUCCUCGAGCCGCUUACAAAAGGCACGCUCGCAUCUGUAUACCGCGCGACCUCUUGGUGUGUGGAUGCAAAGGAAAAGAUCGAGAUCGCGGUCAAGAAGGUCUCGAAGAGUACCACCACUGUUGUUCAAUGGCUAAAUGAAGAGCGAAUUCUCCAGCAACUGCAGACAUACAACGAUCCGCAUAUUGUCGAGUUGUUGACCUCAUAUUGCACCUUGGACAGCUACGCACUCGUCUUCCCGCUGGCGAACGGCAACAUGGAUCAACUCAUGGAGCGUGACAUCCGUGCCUCCAGCCUUGAGCUUACAGCGACAUGGGUAGUGAAGCAGAUACAGGGCUUGGCUAAAGCACUACAAUACCUCCACACCGGGGAUGAGCAUACCAAAAUCUACGGGAGACAUGGCGACAUAAAUCCCAGCAACAUCUUGUGGUACAACGACACUAAAGACGGGAUACCUCCGUUGGGCACCCUCAAAAUUGCCGAUUUCGGCCGUUCCGAACUGCGCUCUCUAGGUGAAAGACGACCAAGCAUCCGCAAGGCUCUUUGUGAAGGAACCAUACUCCAUCGUAUUGAUUACUCAUAUGGCACUUAUGCUGCUCCGGAGUGCGAGUUACCUACAAGCGUCUGUCCCGAUCGCCGGACCUCUGACAUCUGGAGUCUAGGCUGCGUGUUUCUGGAGUUCCUUAUCUGGACUGUAGAAGGCGCAAAGGAAGUAAGGCGACUGCACCAGAAGCUUCGCUCUGACGUUCCAGGGCGUGGAACGUCGUUCUGGCACCUAGAAGUGUCGACACAUCAACUCCUGUUCUCUCUCAACCCUCCGAUCAAAGAGUAUCUAGCGAGGCUAUCGCAGUAUGCGAAAGACAAUGCCAAGCUACGGGCUGCCGUUGAUCUUCUUGUCUACGGAGGUGUUCUGGACCCAAAUCCUCACGAGCGUCCGACAGCGAAGCAGUUGGUAGAAGAACUGAGGAGCAUCAGUAUCGAAACUGUGCAUGGUCACACCGUCGCUAAACGUCCUGUUUGGACACGCCUUUGGACCUACACGCUUGGAUACCCACCGCAACACCGUCAUACUCGGAUAAGGAACGGUCACGACCCCAAUAUCGUGUUUGGCACACUGUUACUGCCAUACCCCAAUAUGGCGGGUGCAGGAUUUCUCGAGAACGAAAUCACUAUCGAUUCGGAGCAUUACCAGGACAUGGACGACGAAUCGCUGUUGCAUGAACUGUAA